GCACACUAUUUCCUGUCAAGAAGAAGGAAGCGAGGAGGAGGGCGUCAAAUUCAGUGUGUCCCACCCUUUCAAUUUAGUGUUUUAACUUACUUAUUGUAUGUUAUCUUCUAGGAUUCUACAAGAUGGCAUUUAUGAGAAAGAGUAAGUUCCGCCACGUGUUUGGCAAGCCUCUUAAGAAGGAUGAUGGAUAUGACAAUAUACGAGUCACCAAAAAUAGCUGGGAUUCUCCCUUUUGCUCUGUUAAUCCAAAAUACAUUGCAAUCAUCACAGAGUCAGCUGGCGGUGGGUCAUUUCUUGUCCUGCCAAUCAAGCAGACUGGCCGUGUGGAAAUGAAUCAGCCAGUGGUGGAUGGACACAAGGGCCCAGUACUGGAUAUUGCUUUCUGUCCCCACAAUGAUGAUGUCAUAGCCAGCUGUUCGGAGGACUGUACAGUCAAGGUGUGGCAGAUCCCAGAGGGGGGACUGACCCGGAAUCUGACAGAGCCCGUCGUAGAACUGGUCUCCCACAUCAAGCGUGCCUGCAUCGUCACUUGGCAUCCCUCUGCUCAAAACAUUCUUCUCAGUGCUGGUGCUGAUUCCAAGAUUUGUAUAUGGAAUGUAGGAACAGGAGAGCUCUAUGUUGAAAUCAACCUUCCAGACCUUAUUUAUUCAGCCAGCUUUAGCUACAAUGGCAACAGAUUCGUCUGUACCUGCAAGGACAAAAUUCUUCGUGUUAUUGAUUCACGAACAGGAAAAGUUAUUAAGGAAACAAAGGAACCUUGCCAUCAGGGAUCUAAGCCCGCCCAGGCUUUAUACCUCAAACAUGACAAGGUCUUCACCACAGGAUUUUCAAGGAUGAGUGAAAGACAAUAUGCAUUGUGGGAUGCGAAUACUCUGGAGCAGAUGAGUUUGGAUGAGAUUGACCAGGCUAAUGGAGUGUUAAUGCCGGUGUAUGAUGGGGAUGUGGAGAUGAUUUAUCUCAUUGGGAAGGGUGACAGUAUUAUCAGGUACUAUGAGAUCACAGAUGAGGCCCCCUAUGUCCACUAUUUGUCCCUGUACCAGUCCAGAGACCCCACCCGAGGCUUUGGGGUCAUGUGCAAGAGAGGGCUGAACAUCAACAACUGUGAAAUCAUGAGAAUAUACAAAUUGCUGAACACCGGCACAGUUGAAGUUAUUCCAUUUACAGUGCCUAGAAAAUCUGAGCUCUUCCAAGACGACAUUUACCCAGACACAGCCAGUGACCAGCCAGCUAUCAGCGGAGAGGACUGGUUCCGAGGGGUAGAUGCUGACCCAGUUCUGGUUUCUUUGAAAGACAUGUUUGCCUCUGAAAUGAAGGAACCAGCAAAAGUGGUCAUCAAAUCAAAUAUUUUGGACAAAAAAGUACCAGCCACCCCCUCCAGGCGGUCUGAAGAAGUGGCCUCCACCCCCCAAGCAAAGACUGCUCAUUCUGUCGUCCGCCCAGCAUCAGAGGCAGCCCCUGCAGCAUCAGGAGCUGGGGCUGAACUUCCCCCUGGUGUGAAUAUUAAAGACAUAUUGGAGGAUGUAAAACAACUGAAGAAAACUGUCAAAGAUCAAGACAAGAAAAUCAGACAGUAUGAGGAGAGGUUAUCUGCCCUUGAAUCAAGUAAUCCAGAGGAUGCCGAUAAAUAAAUCCGAAGGGCCGCAGGACUCAGUAUCUUGAUUUUAAGAAGUAGUCCAAUCAUGAAGCAAUAAAUAGGCAGUGAUUUUGAUUGAAAGUUGCCAUAAAAUAUAUAAAAUUGUCAUCACCAAUACUCAUUUCAUUUAACUUAUGUAGUCUGUCACGGAUGUGUUCUCGCAAACGACCAGCUCGAAUAUUAAUACCCCACCCACAGAAAACGUUGAAGAAAAAUUUUAAAAUAUUUCCUUAUAACAUGUAUCACUAUGAAACCAAAUUCUCAAUUAUUUUUCUGCCCAAUCGUGAAGAUUCAGGGGUGUUUAUUUGCAUAUUUUUAGUUUUUUGUGUUCUGUAGGUUUUUUUUAAAGCUCACUUUUAUAAGUACACUGUAACUUACCAUUCUCUCAGAAAUCCACAUGAGCUCCCUUAACUUCUGCAGUUACUUUGAAAUGUACUUGCAUAAAGUUCUGAUCUUGUACAUGUAUUUACAAUGGAGGAAUUAUUCAGAAAUAUAUAUAUUGUGUAGUAAGAGUGGGCUACACAUGACAAGGCACUAAAAGUGACUCAAUUAUGGAAAUAUACAGCAGAUAAAGCAGGUACCUUGUAGCUGAAAUUUGUAUAGGCAGCAAGUACUUUUUAUACUGAGGAUAUUGUAAUUAAAAAGAGGUAACCUAGACAGGAUGUUGGGUGUAUGUACAUGUAUAUAUAUCUACAUGCUAGAUAGAUAGAUAGAUAUGGAUAGUGUGUUUGUGCAAAAAUUUUAAAAAAAAAAUUUGAAAGGUGCAUAAGUUUUUUUGUAUUUAGAGCUGAAAUUGUCAUAUUUAUAUUGUUUAGCCAUAAGAUUAAACUUUGUUUCUCAAGUGAUUGUUGUCAAGUGCUGGACAUGACUGCUUUAUUUAGGUAAAUGUCAAAAUAAGCUUAUUUUCUUUUCUAUUUAUUUUUUUUAGUGCUGCAUUCAAAGUGACUUGUAUCAAGUUAGACCGUUCCUUAUUACCCCUCUUUGAUUCGAAAUGGUUUUGUGAUGAAUUUUUUUUCCACAUUCCACUUCAGAUUCAUUAUGGGGGUGUAGUUACUGAAGGAAAAAGUCAGGGACAGAGAAAGCAAAAAAAUUUUCCUCCCUUUCUGGAGAGAAGCUCUACCAGUCUGUAGCAUCCAAAUAAUGAAAGCAAAGAAUUAUUUUGCAUGUUUGGUCAUUUGUGUGUUGCUUGAUAUUACUACAUUUUGCAUGGUGUAUUUUUUUCACUGGGGCAGAUAGGAAAGGUAUGAUACAAGGAGAGAAGUUUUUACUGAAAACAGUAGCUACAUUUAGUUGACAUGGGUCCCAUUCUCUUGCAUUCCACUGUUUAUCUGUGUGCUUUCAGUGUAGUUUUUCAUCCUAUAUUCAUUGCUACAUCUUGUUUUUAAGAAAAAAAAAUUAUAGUUAAAAAUGCAUUCAAUUUUUAAAACUUUUUUUCUAGUCUCAAGGUUAGGGAAUCAAAAGUUUCCCUUUUUCCCCUUCUAAAAAGUGCCAAUUUGUAGCAUUGUAGAACAAAAUUCAACUGUAGGGCCUCAAUAAAGACUAAAUUAUUACAUGCAUUAUGUGUUGCACAUUUUGGAACAGAAAAAAGAAUUUGGUUUGUUCCACGGAAAUUCUAAUUAAAAAACCAGUAGUACUGCUGAUGUGUAGAAGUGUUGGUUGUUGUGGUUCACUAUCAUGCCAGUCCACAGCUGUUGUACUGUCGUGUACUUUGUUAGAUGCAUCAUCCAGGAGCGCACGCUCAAACUGCCAAAGACAAUUACUAUAUAUAUUAUCUGUGAUUGCUAGCAACAGAUCAACAGCUUACCUUCAAUACUCAAGGAACAGUAAGCCAGACCCCCUCCCCAUCUCCACCCAAACCUACCCCCCCCCCCCCCAAUCCAAUUAGGCACAUAGACUGCCCCCUCUCCUACCUUCGAUAAGUGACUUAAUAUAAAUCAAAUAUAAUGUGCUCUGUGGAAAGCUGCAUACUCUUAAAAUGCAGAAUGAUAUUUCUUUGAUUUUUAUUUCUAUUAAAUUGUUAAUUAUAUUUCAAAAUAGGUGGUUUACUGUUCCUUGAGUACUGGUACCCUUCUUUUUAUUUUUAUUUACAUGUAAAAGUUAUAUCUGCUUUUCUAUGCUAUCUUUGACGGUUCAAAGCAGAGUUACUAUAAGAUGUGGAUUUGUGACCGAUUGAACAUUCCUCGUAGUAGUACACAUGUAUCGACACAGCUAUUAUUAUCUUAAGUAUCUGUUAUUGUUAACGACUGUAGAAGCAGAUGAGGUAUUUGUUUUUGUGCAUUCAUUUAUAUACGUGUAUUGUGCUGACUUUACCAGUAUGUUCUUUGUUAUUAUCUUUUUUUGUCUAAUGUUUAGUGUCAUUAAAGUAUUGGGAAAAAGAAAGUAUUUGUGCUAAAGUCUGCUGUAGUAUUAGUCACAAAGAAUUCAAAAUGUUGGGUUUUUUUUAUUUAAACAAAGCAAACUUACACUUGGUUCCUAUGUGACAAUGUCUCUUUUUUAAUACUAAUUAUUAGCUCAGAUAAUAAAAAAAAAUGAAAAAAAGAACAAGAUGAUACCAUUUUUAUAUAUUAACUUGUAAUGUGCAAUUCAAGUAUUUAAUAAACUAUUUCAUAUUCUCA